AUGCAGCCAAAAAUUCGGGAAUUUGGGGGGUUGAGGGAGGAUCUCCAGAGCUUCCAGGAGGCACCGGGAAUUCCCUGUUUUUUGGGAAUAUGGGGCUGUUCGGGGCCAUUCCCGCUGAGAUUCCCGUUUCCCCGCCUUGCCCAGAGCUGCAUCAUAAAGAGGUACUGCGAGAAGAGGUUCGUGUCCAAGUACCUGGCGACCAUCGGGAUCGACUACGGAGUCACCAAGGUGCAGAUCAGGGACCGGGAGAUCGUGAGGAACAAGAAGGAUUUGGAAAUGUUUGUGAGGGAAAACAAGAGGAUUCCUUGCCCGGAGCCGCGUUUCCCAGGGGUUUUUCCCGGGCCCCAGGUGGACUCGGGGAAGCUGCGGAGCGUGGACGAGAGCGAGGGCCGGCUCUGGGCCGAGAGCCGCGGGUUCCUCUACUUCGAGACCUCGGCACAGACCGGAGAGGGCAUCUCCGAGAUGUUCCAGACUUUCUACUCGGCCAUCGUCGACCUGUGCGACAACGGCGGGAAGCGCCCGAAUUCCGGCGCCGGCAUCGGCUUCACCCGGGAACAGGCGGAUGCCAUCCGGAGGAUCCGGAACAGCAAGGACAGCUGGGACAUGCUGGGAGUCAAACCCGGAGCCACCAGGGCUCUCAGUGAAUGAUCCUUGGGGAUCCUUCCAUGUCAGGAGAUUCCAGAAUUCCAGGGGU